CGUCGUUCCACAUUCGAAACAAAAUCCCUUCUUCUUCUUUAUCCCUCAUCAACAAUGUCGCCACCGUCUCUUCUCGGCCCACCGGAGCUCCGCCACCCCACUCCUCCAAAGCCUGAAACCACUGUCGUCACCACCACCACUAAAGUUCCAAGCGAUCCAUUCAUGGAUCUAAUGUUGGCUAAUUUCAAUGAAGCCAAUAACACACCUUCGAUGGGAUUCACCGAAAAUAAUUCAGCCACUUAUUUAGCCACCGGCAACCCUUGCCUUGACUUUUUUUUCCAUGUGGUACCUAAUUCCCCACCCGAUUCCAUUAAAGAAAUGUUGGGUCGAGCUUGGAAUUUUGAUCCAUUGAUGACUCUGAAGCUAAUUUGUAACUUACGUGGUGUUCGUGGUACAGGGAAAUCCGACAAGGAAGGGUUUUAUACGGCGGCGUUUUGGUUACACGAUCAUCAUCCUAAAACCCUUGCUUGUAAUUUGGAUUCCUUUGUUAAUUUUGGGUAUUUCAAGGAUUUACCCGAAAUUCUGUAUCGUAUGCUUGAAGGAUCUACUGUUAGACAGGUUCAGAAACAUGAUUGGUUGAUAAGAAAACAGGGGAAAUUCAGAGGGGGAAGCCGUUGUUAUUCAAAGAAGCAAAAAGUGGAAAAAUCAAAACCCACAGGAGCUACAAACCCGAAUUUGGAGAAAGCAAAAGCAAGGGACUUAAGAAAGGAAAAGAAGAUUUCAAUGGCGAAAAAGGUGAUCGAGCGAUAUUCAAGAGACCCAGAUUUCAGGUUCCUUUAUGAAUGUGUCUCUGAUCUUUUUGCUGCUUGUCUUAAAUCAGAUAUGGAGUUUUUGAAAUCUAAUGAAACUAGAAAGAUUGGUCUUGCUGCAAAAUGGUGUCCUUCAAUUGAUUCUUCAUUUGAUAAAUCAACAUUGUUAUGUGAAAGCAUUUCCAGGAAAAUAUUUUCUCGAGAAAAUUAUCCUGAAUAUGAAGGAAUCGAUGAAGAACAUUAUGCUUACCGUGUUCGUGAUCGGCUUAGGAAAGAUGUGUUAGUGCCACUGCGUAAAGUUUUAGAAUUACCAGAAGUAUACAUUGGUGCAAAUAAAUGGGAUUCAAUCCCUUACAACAGAGUAGCUUCUAUAGCAAUGAAGUUUUACAAGGAGAAGUUUUUAAAACACGAUAAAGAUCGGUUUUCGAAGUAUUUAGAAGAUGUAAAAGCCGGAAAGUCGACAAUCGCAGCCGGUGCAUUACUCCCACACGAAAUAAUCGCUGAAUUAAACAAAGCCGACGACGAACAAGUUGAGCAAGUAGCAGAGCUUCAAUGGCAGAGGAUGGUGAAUGACUUAUUACAAAAAGGUAAACUUCGUAAUUGUAUGGCGGUUUCUGAUGUUUCCGGUAGUAUGCACGGGAUUCCGAUGGAAGUUUCAGUCGCAUUAGGCGUAUUGGUAUCGGAUUUAAGUGAAAAACCAUGGAAAGGAAAGCUUAUAACUUUUAGUGCAAGCCCUAAACUUAUAUUAGUAGAAGGUGAAAACUUGAAGGAAAAAACAGAGUUUGUGAGAGAUAUGGAAUGGGGUUACAACACUGAUUUUCAAAAAGUAUUUGAUCUUAUAUUGAAAGUUGCUGUUGAAGGGAAUUUAAAACGAGAACAAAUGAUUAAAAGGUUGUUUGUGUUUAGUGAUAUGGAAUUUGAUCAAGCUUCAAUGUCACCAUGGGAGACUGAUUAUGAUGUUAUUGUAAAGAAAUUUACACAGAGAGGGUAUGGAGAUGUGAUCCCACAAAUUGUGUUUUGGAAUUUGAGACAUUCAAGGGCUACACCAGUGCCUGCAACUCAAAAAGGGGUUGCUUUGGUUAGUGGAUUUUCGAAGAAUUUAUUAAAGAUGUUUUUGGAUGAAGAUGGUGAUAUAAACCCUGUUGCUGUUAUGGAAGCUGCUAUUUCUGGUGAGGAGUAUCAGAAAUUGGUUGUACUUGAUUGAUAGAAGGAUGAAGUUUCUUUGUCUAUAUCAAAUUUUUAUAAAAAGGAAUAAAGUUUUGCUAUUUCAUUUCCCA